ACUGCUACAUGUGUGAGUGGGACUUGAUGGAAGAGGAAGAAAGGAAGUGAGAGUUAAAAGGACAUCAGCGUGUCAAUCAGUUGAGACUAGGAACAGCUGUGUGAGAGAGCUAUAGGAACAAUUAAUCUUGGUCUCAAAUAGCAAUUUUUUAGUCAUUGCAAGAUGAGUGAGGAUGAAUGCUUGCGAAGGAGAAUCAGAGAACUCGAAAACGAGCUAGAAGUAAGGAGAAAAAAGGACGCGGUGUCCAUGAGAGAAAAGAUCGAACAUAUGUCAGCGGAGGUGGUGGAUUCGAAUCCGUACAGUCGGUUGAUGGCACUCAAGCGUAUGGGUAUCGUAGAUAAUUACGAGAAAAUCAGGGAAUUGACCAUAGCCAUAGUCGGGAUUGGUGGUGUCGGCAGUGUGACGGCUGAGAUGCUGACGAGAUGUGGUAUUGGCAAGCUGAUAUUAUUCGACUAUGAUUGCGUAGAAUUAGCCAAUAUGAACAGGCUGUUCUUUCAACCGCAUCAAGCAGGUCAGAGCAAAGUGGUAGCUGCGGCAUGCACCUUGCAGCACAUAAAUCCCGAUGUGGAGAUUGAAACAUGCGAUUACAAUAUUACAUCCGUCGAUUAUUUUCAAAACUUUAUGCACACAAUAAGUAAAUGCAGUUUGAAAAAAGGCCCGGUCGAUUUGGUAUUGAGUUGCGUUGAUAACUAUGAAGCUCGCAUGACGGUUAACUUAGCGUGCAAUGAACUUAAUCUGAGGUGGUUCGAAAGUGGCGUUUCUGAAAAUGCCAUGUCCUGUCACAUUCAGUUUAUCAAACCUGGUGAAACAGCCUGUUACUCGUGUGCUCCACCUUUGAUCGUUGCGUCUAGCAUCGACGAGAAGACCCUGAAGCGCGAAGGCGUAUGUGCCGCGUCGUUACCCACCACGAUGAGCAUAGUGGCAGGUUUCCUAGUGCAGAACACUUUAAAGCUUCUGCUGGAAUUUGGCCAAGUGUCUCACUACUUGGGUUACAAUGCUAUGGAAGAUUUCUUCCCUAAAAUGACCCUGAAGCCGAAUCCGAAUUGCAGCGAUUCUCUUUGCCGGAAAAGACAGCAAGAGUAUUUAUCAAAGACAAAAGAUCAACAGCCGAAUUCGUCCAAAGCAACGCUUGAAGAGAAAGCUGACCUGGAGAAGCCCGAAAAGCACGAAGAGAACGAGUGGGGAAUCUCAUUGGUAGACGAGGGACAGUCGGACAAAGAAUCAAGUGUAUCGACAGCCCCGGGUGUACGACGCGCGUACGCUCCGCCUACGCAACCAUCCGACGCGGAAAGCGAACAAACCGUUCCCGAAUCCACAAGUUUAGAGGAACUAAUGGCAGAAAUGAAAUGUAUCUGAAGAUAAUUUGGUGUCGAGUAUACACAUUCCACACUUGCAACAUUUCGAAUAUUUGUAUCUAUCUGUAUUAAACGUGACUUAUUUUUGAUUCAUAAA